AUGAGUUCUAUUGUGUCCCUUUCUGAUUUACCACAAGACACCAUUGUCGAUAUUCUCUCCAGGCUUCCCACCAAGUCUAUCAUCCAUUGCAGGUCUGUCUGCAGAACCUGGCGCAAUCUAAUCUUAGACCCUGGUUUUGCUGGCCUACAUCUGUCUAGAUCACCCACCAGCCUUCUUAUUCACCAACUUCAUACUCAGUCAAAUGUUUUCAAGUUGAUCGAACUUGAAGAUGAACAUGACCACCAUGGUCUUUGCUCUGACCCAGUGAUGAAAUUCGACCUCGGAGCCUGCCUCCCAAAUGUUCAGAUAAUUUCUGUGGGUUCUGUUAACGGCUUUGUCUGCUUAUGUCAAUACAAUCCUGAUGAAACUAUAUACAUUUUCAAUCCAACUAUGCGAGAGUAUGUUACCCUUCCAAAGACAGAGUACAUAAGAAGAUCCCCCAUGGUGAUCGAUUAUGGGUUCGGAUUUAGUCCGGUUUCUGGUCAUUACAAGGUGGUACAGUUUUGUCAACAGCCGAUAACCGAUAUGGGAUUGCUGCCAUAUUCAUACAAGAUCGAAGGUAAGAUCUAUACAUUAGGAACCGGAAGAUGGAGAAACAUUGAAAGUGUCCCAUUCUCGUCUCUUGGUGAUGGUGGUGUUUAUUUUAAUGGCUUUCUUCAUUGGGUAAGUGGUGAAUUCGGCAGUCCUGCAUCAAUAUGUUGUUUUGAUGUUGAGAAAGAGGUAUUUCGAACAGUCUCUUCUCCUCCUCAGAUUACACCGCAAUGGAAGAUUAGUUUGGGAUUGGUAGGAGGUUGUUUAUCUGUGUGCGAUAACACUUCAAAAUCUGAACUUGUCAUAUGGGUAAUGAAGGAAUAUGGAGUCAAUGACUCAUGGACUAAAAAGAUUGUCAUUAGGAUGAACCCUGACAUAGCCUGGCUGUCAUAUCAAGCAGUUCACGCAAUAAAAAUGUGGAAAGAUGGGGAUAUCUUCAUGUUCUUUUACGAUGACGUUUUGUUCUCGUAUAGUCCUCAAAGGAAAACUCUGGAGAAACAUGAUUUUCCAAAGGACUAUGCUCGAAUAGACAAAAACAUAGAAGUGAUGCUUCACGUUGAAAGCUUUCGCUCGCUCAGGGAAUUCUCGAAAGAGAAAAUCACCGUGUUCUGAAUGCCGAAUCACAAAAAAGGAAUUCGGUUGUAGACUUAUGGGUACCGCUCUAUCAAUAUUGCUCUGGUGUGCUGGAUGUUGUCAAUGUUUCUAUGACUUUCUAUGCAUUUAUAACUAUUCUAGCAAUGUGUAUUACCUAGUUUUGUAAUUUAAUCGAGGGGUACUGGGCUGCAAUACUUCAGGUUGGUGUGUUUCAUUCAAUGUAAGCUGUUGAUUUUCUCUUUUAAGAAGUUUUUUAGUUGUUUUUUGUCUUUCCUAAGUGGUUUUCUUGUGUUGGGGUUUAGUUCUGACAUGGGUCUUGAUUGUAGGUAUCUAUCUUUUACUAGGGUUUUAAAUAGAUUGUUUGGAUAAUGUUUAAUUUUUGUUUUAACAAUUUGGGUCUCUCG